AUGUCGUUGUUAGAUGUGUCUUUAAGACUUACAGGUAAAGUUGGAAGAAAAUGGAUUGGAGUCAACAUUAAUCAAGUCAAAGAAAUUCCACUUUGUCGUCGAACAAAUAUUCGAUUUCUGGCUUUUGUGAUGAACAUUGCAAAAUCAACUGUCUUUCAGCGUGUGAAAGAUGGAACUCUUCGGCCACAUUCUAAUUCCAUUAAGCCUCAGUUAACCGAAGGAAAGAAAAAGUGGUUUUUUUUGUCCAAAAAAGUUGAAAGGUACUACCUGCUUCCUGGAGAGCAUGAGCCAGAUCUUUAUCGUUCUUACAAAAGUAAAAAUAUUAUUCCAAAGGUUAAGUUUAUGGCUGCUAUAGUACGUCCUCGAUUUGAUGAAAAUGGAAUUGAGUUGUUUUCUGGAAAAAUAGGUAUUUUUUCGUUUGUAGUUAAGGAACCAGCUAAGCGGAAUAGCAAAAUAGAACAGCAGGAACUAUGGAAACAAAGCCCAUUCAGUCAGGAGGAGGUCAUGAGGAAGUCUAGAGGAGCACUUUUCCCGGAAGACAAACUUUGCAAAUGGCUGACUCAUCUAUUGUUAGCUUUGGAGCAUCUGCAUUCCAGCCGCGUUCAUCAUAGAGACCUCAGGUUAUGUAACAUAUUCAUCAGAAAGGACAACGACAUCAGGUUAGGUGAUUUUCGAAUAGGAAAAUUGCUAGAUGCAGAAGGCCUUGCUUCCUCGGUAUCUGGCACACCAAACGACAUGUGCCCUGAGCUCCUUGCCGGCAUACCCUAUGGCUAUAAAUCUGAUAUAUGGUCGCUUGGAUACUAUAUGUUUGACAUUGCUGCACAUCGACCCCCGUUUAAAGCUUCUGACAAAACUGGACUUAUAAACAAACUAAACCGGGGUUUGUUCUCACCACUUCCGAUUAUGUACUCCUCCACCUUGAAACAGAAAAUAAAAAGCAUGCUAAGGAAAACUCCAGAACACCGACCUACCAUGAGUGCUGCCGAGCUGUUGAGACAUCAACAUUUGCAACCAUACCUCCUCUUGUGUCACAACCCUUCAUCUGCGUUUCUUCCUGUGAAGUCCCCAAGCAGAACGAAAGAGAAAACACGACCAUCACCUGGAAAAUCUAUCAGUCUGAGAGGUAGCAGAGACAGACAGUUGAAGCUAAAAGAGAAGAGAACUGUCCUUUACUUUGACGAAAGUGAUAACAUUCAGCCAAGAAACUUAUUUGACAAUUAUAACACGUUCCGAGCCAAACUUGACACUAAGAGAGUAGAUCCAACAAGCUACUCGGUUAGGAUCUCUCAAGAUAGUGAGGAUUCUAAAAGUGGGGAGAUGAGUGUGGCAGCUGUUUGCAAUGGAUAUGAUCAACAGGAGACUAUCUCACAAGCAGAAACUACGAUCACUCAAAGCUCGUCAAGUUCAAGGGCAAAAACAUGGUCCGAGGAACAAGAGCAUGUUUCUCCGGAGCAUGUUAGUCGAUUUGACGAGGGUGAUACGAAGAAUAACAAGACAAAAGAGCUUGAGGUGUUGAGCAGUCCACUGGACCAUGAGGAAGCAGAUAUAGUGGAAUGUAUGUCUGGAAAAUCUAGCAGAAUGACAUUGUCUGAUGGAAGAUUCAACGAUAAAACACGAUCCUUCGAUAAAGAAAGCACUUCAUCUAAUUCACAGUCGGCAAAACCAGAUCCAGAGGCAGUAUCAAGAUGCUGUGUUGCUGAAACUGAAAAUGGCAGCGAGUGUCGAGAAGUUGCUAUUGACUGCUUGUCAACUGAAAGCGAUGGUUCACUUCUACACAAAGACGAGCUAGAAAAGAAAGCAACUGCGGUUUAUGACACCAAACAGGCUAAGAAAGACGCUCUUCGAGCAUUGGAUGAUAAGGUUUCGCAGCUCAAGUCACCAGCCGUAUUAGCUAGUAAGGAGGACAAAGACGACUGGGUUAAUCCCACUGAACAAAGAGCUGAAGCUUUAGAGUCCCUUUUGGAGGUUUGUGCACGACUACUUAAGUAGGAAAAAAUCGAUGAGCUUGCUGGUGUGCUGAAACCAUUCGGGGAUGAUGGAAUGUCGUCUAGAGAAACAGCAAUCUGGUUGACAAAAAGUCGCAUGACUGCACAAAAGUUGUCUAAGGGGUUGUGAUGUUGCACAAAACCUGUCUUUUGACCUAUAGAACGAGCCUGUCUUACGUAAAUUAUCAAGUAUUGUUGGACUAAACUAUUCCUCGAGGCUUAACGUAGUUGAGCAUCCCUUAGUUUUGAUUCUAUUGUUGUAG